CAACUUCCAUUCAAACCAUGUCCUGUUAAGUAAUUCUACUCCACCAACUAGCCCAUAUAGCCAGCCAGUCAUCCUCCAUCUACUCAACAUGACCUGCCACAAGUCAAGGCUAUUUUAAACCUCUUAAAAAUCGUGGGCAGAAUUUAUCUAUGAAAUGUGAGACCCAUAUAAGAUUCUACUUUGCUUUCAGGAUGCUUGAAAUCUGAAUGAAGAUGGCAGCUGCAAGGAAGAAGCAUGAGUUAACUUCAAAAAUAAAUAGAGUUGGAUCCAUUUUUGAAACAGACUUGAAACAGAGAGGCUUCAAGGAACACCAAUAGUUUUGAAUUUGCUGCGGACAUCAAUUCAAGAACAGAAAAGGACAACAACAAUAACAAGAAGAAGAAGAUUGGAUAUUACUUGAACAAAGAAUGGGAUACGCAAGCAAAAUAGGGAAGUAUCAGCUUACCCGGGUGAUUGGAGAGGGAACUUUCGCCAAGGUUAAGCUUGCCGUUGACACCACCAACAGUAAAUAUGUUGCCAUUAAGAUCAUUGACAAGCAGAUGGUCAUGGAAAGCGAUCUCAAGUAUCAGGUGCAGAGAGAGAUAAGAACAAUGAAACUACUGCAUCACCCCAAUAUUGUUAGGAUACAUGAGGUGAUUGGCUCAAAGACAAAAAUAUACAUAGCAAUGGAAUAUGUAUCAGGCGGGCAACUUUCAGACAAACUGUCUUAUGAGAAGAAAUUAAGUGAUCAAGAGGCAAGAAAACUUUUCCAGCAAUUGAUAGAUGCAGUGGACUAUUGCCAUGCUAGAGGAGUUUAUCAUAGAGAUCUAAAGCCAGAAAACUUGCUUUUGGAUGGUAAAGGAAAUUUAAAAGUGUCGGAUUUUGGACUUAGCGCAUUGAGAAAGCCUGGAGACAUGCUUACCACAGCCUGUGGCUCUCCAUGUUAUGUGGCACCUGAGCUGCUUGCGAACAAGGGCUAUGAUGGAGCAGCAGCAGAUGUUUGGUCUUGUGGUGUUAUCCUUUUUGAACUACUUGCAGGAUCUUUGCCCUUUGAUGACCGCAAUCUUUUGGUUUUGUAUAAGAAGAUAUCUGGAGCCGAGUACGCAUUCCCGCCAUGGUUUACCGAAGGUCAGAGGAAGCUAAUCUCCAGGAUACUUGAUCCAGAUCCGAAAAGGAGGAUAAAAAUACCAGAGAUUGUUGAAGACCCAUGGUUUCAAACAGAUUAUGUGCCUUCAUGUGGAUAUAUUUGUGAUGAGAAAAUCUACUUGGAUGAUGUUAGCACUGCCUUUGAUUCAGUUGAGGAUAAUGAUGCGGAGAGAAAGAUGCACAAAUCCUCAAGUUUCAUUAAUGCAUUUCAAUUGAUAGCAAUGUCACAUGAUUUAUCAGGUCUUUUUGAAGGACAGGAUGAUGAGAAGCAGAGGACAAGGCUUGGAUCCAAGCAUACGGUUAAUGAAACCAUAAAGAAAAUAGAAGCCGCUGCAAUGGGUGUGAGCCUAUCAGUUGAAAGAAUGAACAAUUUCAAGAUGAAAAUUCAUCCUGCACAGAAGAUGACUAGAUGCUGUAGAUCAUAUUAUGACCUAUCAGCUGAGGUGAUUGAGGUUGCCCCAACAAAUUGUGUUGUUGAAAUAUCAAAAUCUGCAGGGGAGCUAAGAGUGUACAAAGAGUUCUGCAAGAGUCUAUCGAGUCUGCUCACAGACAAAUCAGAGCUCUCAUCAGAAAUGCAAGAGUCUCAGUCAGUUGACAUCAAUACCAAUGAUACUCAAACAAGCUGUGAAGAGAAUAAUGACAACAACAAUAAAGAAGUCCAUGGAUAUUCAUCCUCUUGAUCAUUUCAGCUUAUUUCAGCCUCAGUCCUCUCUGCAACUUCCUGAUGAUGCUCAAGAUAAAUCAAAAGCAUGUAAAAACACAAGAAAUUUAAUUUCAAGUGUAGGAACAAAUUGCAAAAUGAAAUUUACUCCACAUAGGCUAGACUCAAAGUCAAAUUUAAAUUGCUUGAGUAUUUGCCUGAUUGAAGGCUCAAACACAUUUCUUUUACUUUUCUUUUUUCCCCCGUAAUUUACCCUGCACCAUGUUCCCAAGUGUAAAUUGAAGGUUAUAAAUUUUCAGCAAUUUUUUCAUUCAAAGAUCAAACGGUACUUGAAAGUAUUU